AAGUUACUGAUUGAAGUUAUUUUGUUGUUUCAGGUCCUACGCAAAGUCGCGGUGAUCGUGUACACCGCCUUGGACUACAACCUGACAGUGGAUGAACAGUGUCAAAUGUCACAUGAGCUGGAGGAACUGAUCGCUUUCAUGACAGCAGAAGAAAACGAUGAUGACUGCAUCGAUGAGGGCAUUGAUGAGGGCCACCAACGUUGGGAUGAUGAGGGCGAUGAUGAGAAGUGGAAUGAAACCAAAGAAUUUGAUUUUGUGCUUGAGGCCUGUAAAAAUCACGUUAAGCCCACUGUACCUGAGGAGCAUUACAAGGCGGUCUGUCGUGCGCUGGUCACGGAAACAAUCGAGCUGCGGAUAUUCCUGCAGCAGGUCUUGAACGAUGGUGCCGACAAUCUCCAUUUAGAAGCCGGUUCACAAACAUCUAAACAGGAACUGGCCAAACUGGGCUUCAACGAUUGGGUAAGUCUUAAAUACGCUAGACAAAGAACGCUUGCUGGAAGAAAUCUAACUGUCGUUUAGUAAGCAUAACUGUUU